AUGCUGCCAAAAAAUGGGAUGACUAGAAAGGUUGAAGUUGAAUUUGAUCCUCAAAAGCAGAUUGUUGUUGUUAAUAUUCCAGAUGCUGAUACAACAACUGAUCAGCUCAUACCAGAAACUAGUGACCAAUCAGAGAACGAUGACUUUGAAGGGUUUCUUGAUCUUUGUUUCAGGCCACAAUAUGUUGUUCCUACUAUUCUUUUAAAUCUUAAUCCUCGAAAUAGGAAGGCUUCCUUUUCAGGGGGAGCUCAUGACACUGAAGUUGGAAGCCCUUAUGCUGCUUCUGCUGCUGCUGGUGAUUCUUUAAUACCUCCUCCUAAAAAGCAAAGCAAGCUCAUCUUUGAUCUAAAUGAAUUAGCAGAAACAUGGAGGUUACCUAUUAAGGGCGUUAGAGAAAUCAUGUUAGAAUAUAAUGUUGCUAUUUGA